GGACAGCACCAUCUCUAUACCUAGACCUUUACAAUGUCUGUCGGAAAUGCAAAAAUUGGACAGCCUGCACCAGACUUCACAGCUCAGGCAGUGAUGCCAGAUGGACAAUUCAAAAAUCUUAAAAUUUCAGACUACAAAGGAAAGUAUGUUGUAUUCUUCUUUUACCCUCUGGAUUUCACAUUUGUGUGCCCCACUGAGAUCAUAGCUUUUAGUGACCGGGUUGAGGAAUUCAAGAAGAUUAACUGUGAGGUUAUUGGUGCAUCAGGGGACUCUCAUUACUGUCAUUUAGCCUGGAUUAACCAACCCCGCAAGGAAGGUGGUUUGGGCCAAAUGAAAAUACCACUUGUGGCAGAUGUUCAGCAUACUAUCGCUAAGGACUAUGGUGUUUUCAAAGAGGAUGAUGGAGUUUCAUUUAGAGGUCUCUUUAUUAUCGAUGAGAAAGGCAUACUGAGACAGAUAACAAUUAAUGACUUACCUGUUGGGCGCUCUGUUGAUGAGACUCUGAGACUUGUACAGGCUUUCCAGUUCACAGACAAAUAUGGAGAAGUCUGCCCCGCAGGAUGGCAGCCAGGAAGUGACACCAUCACGCCAGAUGUCCAAAAGAGCAAAGAGUACUUCAGCAAGCAGAAAUAAAGAGCGGAGAUGCUGUCCACUGUAACCGAUAUUUUGUCUUUCAUGUGGUACAAGUUAACCAUUUUAAGAACCUAUUUUUCUUAAAUGUGUAAUAUUCACUGGACAUACUUGUACAUGGCGAGUGAUGAAUGGGCAUUUACUUUGGACUAGCUGGUUGUAAGGCAGCUGUGCUUAUUUACAUCUAAUCGUAGCAAACCAUUUCUGGGUAGAAAUAAUCCUCACAACUUUGACUUUUGAAAAACUAUUAAAGGUAUUGUUCCAAUAGAA